AUGGCAUUCGCUGUAUCAUCACCUCUACCUUCCGAUUAUAUCCAAGCUGACCCACGAAUGUUUUUUUCUUAUCACCCUGAAAAUACUUCAUUUCAAAAAGGUUUUCUUGGUAUAAGUUCUACCUCAAUUUCUGGUACAUUUCACGUUCGAUUUCCGCAAGCAAUUGAAGCAAAGAAUAUAACACUUACAUUUAUUGGCAGAGAAAUCAUGGAAUGGGCUGAUUUGAAAAAAGUUAGAGCUGAAAAAAUUGUAGUAAACAAAAGUAUUUACCUUUGGCAAACUACAUCAGAAUUUGGUCAUGAACUUUUAACUGAUUUAGAUUUACCCUUUGAAUUUCAAAUUCCUGAUGAUGCUAUUGAAUCAUUUAUUACACAUUAUGGAAAAGUUGAAUAUACAUUGAAAGCUACUAUUAAUCGUAAACCUAAAAAGAAAACUUCUAGUGUGGAAGUUUUAGUACCACUUUAUAAAUGGUCAAUUCCUGAUGAACAAGAAUUAAGACUUUUAGUUAUUAAAUCAAGAGCAAAAAAUCGAAAACUUCCACUUUCUUGGGAGGCUAUUCUCCCAAAAACUUUUUUUGAUAUUAAUUCUGAAGUUAUGAUUAAUUUACGUCUUACUUCUCAUGAUCCUGAUCUUAGAAUUAGAAAAAUAGUAGCAUGUCUUAAAACUUUUACAAAAUAUGCAAUUGAUGAUUAUGGAAUUAUUCCUAUUAAUCGUGAUAAACGACAUUCAAAAUAUCGAGUUCAUGGAAAAGAUAUUGUUAUGACACCUACCGGUCCUGAUACAGUCUUUGAAACUACUGUCAUUAUUAAAAUUCCAAGCGAUGUACCACCUACUUGUAAGACUAAAUAUAUGUCUAUAAAGAAUCAAAUUCAAAUUAAGGUCUUUUUUGAGAGGUUUCAUCAUCAUGUAAUGAUAAUUAGAGAUGUUAUGGUUGGAAGAAAUUUCUUGAAUGAUAAAUCAGCUGCAAUU